AUGGUACAUUCUAAUAAGAGAAAUGCUAGAAUUUUAAGCAUUACGAUGCUACUAUUGUUGUUGGUCUUUUUUGUAGCUCAGAAUGCAAACUUUUUGACGUUAGAGACGAAGGAGCGUGAAUCUUCUGAACUUUUUGAUUCUGAAAUGAACAAUUUAGCUGCAGAGUCAACGAGAAAAUACGUUGCUGUGCCGACCUCUGCCACAAAUAAGGGGAGCUCUGAAGUGGAUGAAGAGAUUAAUGAAAUAAAACAGAAGGUGGGACUCCAGCGGCCCAUAUUAUCGGAUGAUGAUAGUUUGUCAGCUAUAAAAAGCGAUAAACAGUCAGGAACAGGUAAAUUGUUCAAUGUCCAAAAAGAGUACUCGCUCAUGCUAGACUUGUCACCAGUCAUAAUAUUCAGUAAAAGUUCCUGCUCGUAUAGUAAGGGUAUGAAAGAACUGCUCGAAAAUGAGUAUCAAUUUGUACCAAAUUACUAUAUAAUAGAGCUCGAUAAACAUGGGCACGGGGAAGAACUGCAAGAAUACAUCAAACUGAAGACCGGGAGAGGAACUGUUCCAAAUCUUUUGGUUAACGGAAUAUCAAGAGGGGGUAAUGAAGAAAUUAGAAAACUGCACUCUCAAGGAAAACUUCUAGAAUCAUUACAGUCCUGGAGUGAUGGAAAAUUUUCCGUCGAGCAGCAUGAAAAGCCUUCAAAUAACUGA